AUGUCAGCUCGCACAGUGAUCGGUGGUCGAUUGAGCACCUCUGCCCUUAGCUCCCUCGCCACACCCUCCACACGCAUCGCAUCCCAGCAGCUUCUACGUCUCCACUCGACCGUUGUCCGUCCCUCUCCGAACGUUGCGUCCAAGCUCUCCAUCCAACAAAAUGUCCGUCCUGCUCCCACAGUGUCGAGCCGCGCGGAUCUGCGUAUGAACUCCACCUCUUCCGCCGGUAAAGAUGAUGUGAAGCUCGACUGGAACUCUUUCUUCAAACUUCGCGCUUCCCGCCGCCGAUACUCCCUCGCAUCCUCCAUUGCGACCUCCCUCGUGUCUACUACCGCCGGUGUGCAGAUUCUGUCCGCACAGGAUCUUGAAUCUCUUGGUGCGCAGGUGAUGGGUCUGGAUCCGUUCGUCGUUUUGGGAAUGGCGACAGCUGCCUGCGGUGCCGUCGGAUGGCUCCUGGGCCCGAUUGUUGGCAACGGACUGUGGGGCCUGGUUUACCGUCGGUUUGCUCCCUCGGUAGCAACAAAAGAGAAGGAGUUCUUCGAUCGCAUUCGACGAUUCCGCGUUGAUCCCUCGACCAACUCCAUCGCUAACCCUGUCCCGGACUACUACGGCGAGAAGAUCGGUAGUGUACAGGGAUAUCGGCAGUGGUUGAAGGACCAGCGGGCGUACAACCGGAAGCGCCGAAACUUCAUUGCUUGA